AUGUCCAUGUGCGGAUGCAAUCCGCUGCACUGGGCGUUGUAAUACAAUUGGUUCAGCCUCUCCAGCAGCAGUCGGAAAAUAACCACAAGCAAGAUGAAUAAAGGACUGAUUCUUGGAACCAUUCUCUGCCUGACGACCUGCAUCCUGGCCGCUCCUGCUCCGGAACCAGUUCCAGAACCAGCUCCUGCUCCUGCUCCCGCACCUGCUCCUGCGCCCAGCAUUGGAAUCGGAAUAGGACACGGAUACGGUGGAUAUGGCCUGGGAUUGGGCCUGGGAAUCGGUCACUACGGAGGAUACGGCCACUACGGCGGACACUUUGGAGGAAUCGGUCUGGGAUUGGGCUACCAUGCACCCAUCAUCUCGAAGACGAUCAUCGGCAAGAGCUACCUCGGUGGCUAUGGCUAUGGAUUGGGGCAUGGAUAUCUCGGAGGAUACGGACAUGGACUCUAUGGACACGGUCUGGGUCUGGGAUUAGGAUAUGGACUGGGCUAUGGCUACGGACAUGGCUGGUAG